AAAUAAUCGGAUUUGAGGGUGAUGACCUUCAUGGCGCACCUUUUUCCCGGUGGUCAUAUGGAUUACAUUAUAAAUCGACGUCGCCCUCAGAUGAACCUGCCCUCUGCCCUCUCUCUCUCUCUCUCUAAAUUAGGUUCUCUCUUUAAGGGAAAUUAGGUUUUUCUCUCUCUGUGUUUCUUCCCUGUGGUGGGAAGUGAGAAAGGUCCUAAGGGAAAUUAGGCAGGAAUUGUAAGAUUCCUCAUUCUCUUUACCUGUUUUAAUCCCUUUACAACCCAUCGGUCCCACUCUCUUUCUCUCUCUAAAUUACUCAGGCUUCGAUUUCCUGUGAAUUUCCUUACCUUUGCAUCCAUGGUGAGCGGUUCAAAUUCAAUCCAAUCCAAUUGACGGCUGCCUCUCCUUUUUCGAUCUCUUCCCCCCUGGUUCCCAAUUCAUUACUCUGUCUCUCUGUGUGCUUUAACCGAUAGAUCAUCAGUCUUCUUCUUCAUCUUCUCUGAAAUCCCCAUCUUCAAAUCAAAUUGAAUCAAACCACAAUCGACGCAGCCCCUUCCUCAAUCCAUCAAACUCAAAACCUCUGAAAAGAGGUGUGGGAGAGGCCUUCCUCAAUCCAUCAAACUCAAAACCUAUGAUAAGAGGUGUGGGAGAGGGAAUAGAAGAAAUCAGCAGUAGCAAUGGUCGGUCCUGUAGGCACCCUCAACGCGAACCAACUGUCGGUCCAAUUCCUAAACAACGUGCUCUCCCAGCGAGGUCCGUCUGCCCUGCCGUACGAGGAGGAAGCGAAGUGGCUCAUUAGCCAGCACCUGGUGGGCCUGGUGCAGCACUUCCCGUCCCUCCAGGUGAAGACUGCCACUUUCACACACAAUGACGGUCGCUCUGUCAACCUCCUCCAGGCUGAGGGUACCAUCCCCAUGGUGUACCAUGAUGUAGUCUACAACAUCCCGGCCGUCGUUUGGCUCGUCGAAUCCUACUCCCGCCUUCCACCCCUUGUCUUUGUCACCCCUACUCGAGACAUGAUCAUCAAGCGCGCACACCCUAAUGUAAACCCGUCAGGCCUUGUCUCGGUGCCCUAUCUCCAACAUUGGGUCUACCCAUCUUCGAACCUUGUGGACCUUGUUAAGAACCUCAGCCACCACUUUGGCCUUGAUUCCCCUCUCUACACCACCACCACCGCUACGGCUGCGAAACCACCACCUCAAAGGCCUAGCACUAGUGAAGCUAAUUUGGUUUGUUCUUCGUUGGCUACGACUUCCUCAAACAGUGGAAGUGUUCGACCAGUGUUGCCGCCUAGGACUUGCUCAUCACCAUACGGUAGGUUGCCGCCCUCACCUCAGAGGCCACCAGCUAUGGAGGACCCUUUGGAGGUAUAUAAGAGGAAUGCGAUUAACCGAUUGCUUGAGAUGUUGCAUAAUGACACAAUGGAGUUGCGGAAGGCGAGGGAAGCAGAGGUCGAUGCGCUGUUCAAUUCCCAGGCGGUGCUUGGAGAGAGGGAAGAGCAGCUCACUAAGGGGUUGAGAGAGAUGCAGGAUGAGAAAGAAGCUCUGGAGCAACAGCUUCAGAUUGUGCUCACAAACGCUGAUGUGCUCGAGGCAUGGCUCAAGGAGAAUGAGGACACAAAGGAGAAAGCAGGGGUUGUUGACAUUGAUGAUGUCUUUGAGCCCAUUGAUGCAUUGUCAAGGCAGAUGUUGGAGUGCACAGCUGCAGAUUUGGCUAUCGAGGACGUGAUUUAUUUGCUUGACAAGGCUGUGCAAGAGGGUGCCAUCCCUUUCGAUGCGUAUUUGAAGAGCAUUAGGGCUCUAUCACGAGAGCAGUUCUUUCACAGAGCCACUUCAGCAAAAGUUAGGGCUGCACAGAUGCAAGCGCAGGUUGCAGGAAUUGCUGUUAGGGUUUCUCCUCAGUAUGCAGUUUGAUUCGAUUCUGCUCCACAAUGAAAGAGGACAUCCAAAGUGUAACUGGUUCCUAUCUGCAAUCAUUGUGAUCAUGGCACACCCAGAGCAAUGCUACAUGCUCGUUUAGACAGUCAAUUUGGCAUAAGACAGUGGCUGAAGCUCAUUCCUCUUCUGAAAUUUUAAAUAACUACACACCCAAAUACUUCAAGUCAAGGAAGAAGAGGUGCUAAGUGCAUUUUGGGGCCUAAGGUUUAUCAUGGUGAGGUCCUCCUUAUUGGAGCUUCUUUGGUCGUGCAAUUUAUUCUUGGAUGUUGGAACAGUUGCAGAAGGUAACGAAGGUGAUGGCUAGAAUGGCUUCAGCUGAUAUCCUGUGUGUUGGACCAAAGUCUGUUAGAGAAAAAUUUAUUUGAAUGAUCAGGUGCAAGAUCUUGUCAACAUAAAUAAAGUUAACAUGGUAUCAGAGCUGGUUUGAAUGUGCUCUCAGUGUGAUCAGCUCUAAUCAAGGUAACCUAUAUUUCUCUCUUGAAGAUUCAUAAUCUCUUCCUCCUCUAAACCCUAAUCUUUCUUUACCCUCUUCAUCAUAUUCUCAUCCUUCCUUCCUAAACCCUAGUUCAUUUUGAGAGUUACAGUGGUCUCUUGAUUACUGUAAUUGAACUUUUUCUUAGCAGUUUCAGGUUUUACCUUCUUUCAUCAUUCUUCAAGCCUUAUCCUAAUUAUUUGGGGUCGGCACCUUUCACUUUCCUUAAUUUUUUUAUAUUUGUCAGUAUUUAAAAAACACAAGGGCUGUUUCACUUGGAUUGUGCAGAGAUUAUUUGAACUUGCUUGGCCUGGAAAUCAAUUUUUUUUACUGGUUUAAAAUUGACAUCAUUGAUUCUGCCAAGAAAACAUGAGUAUGAGAAGCUUUCAAAUUUCAUCUAUAUCUGUACUAAGUAUCAUGUGACCAUAUUUUCUGUUGAUUAUUAUAGCUGGGUACUGUAUAUUCUUAAAUAUAACUCAUUUCCUUCUAUUAGCUAUCUCUUGGGGAUGCAAGGGCUUAUUAUCUUUCAAAUGCAAAGAAUGAACUGAGAGUUGUAUCUGCACAAAGUGCUGCAGGUAUGAGUUUGUAUUUAGUAGAUUUUCUGUGGAGCAUAUGCAUAGUUGAGACCUCAACUCCUGAAAUGGUCUUGUAAAUUUCCUAAUGCAAGCAGCAUGUGCUCAAUAUAAUUUGCUCAUGAUGCACCAACGUGAAUAAGCUUCCUCGUCUCUUUUUCAAUAAUGUUGAGCUUAACAUGCGUCAUUUCUAGAAAUGCCUUGAUUUUAAUUAUGGUGUGGUCUCAAAUUACGUUUGACGAUGGAUAUGCUUAGACAUUGAGCUCAAUAUUUUUGUUGUUCAUUGAAUGAUAAAUAUAAUGGAUAUUAUGGAUUGGUUUUGAGUUCUUCUAAAGCCGUAGAACAUAAUUAUGAUUUGUGUUUCUCAUGUAGCCAUUGCUCAUACUUAACAGUGCGGUUGGUUCAGUACGGUUCUAAGGUUUUGUAGUUGUCAUAUUAUGAGGCUAAUGCCUUUCACCCCAUAUUAGGCUGGACAUGUAUUGUACCAACAUCAUGGUGAUAUAUCUAGAAUGUGAAUUAUUUUCUGCAAGUAUCUUUUGCAAGUGCCCAGUAAGAAUAGCCUAU